UUACAGAAUGUCACCGGAGACCUUUGAAACCCUGCACUCGCUUGUCGAAGCAGGUUUGACAAGGCUUCAUGUCGUGCGUGAACCACUGCCCUCACGAUGUGCUUAUGGUUUCAUUUUCUUACUCCAUCGUGCUCAUAGCCGCUGUUGACAGCAAUUUGAAAUUCAUAUGUGUUGAUGUUGGGGCUUAUGAACGUCAAAGUGAUGGUGGCACAUUGUCUGCUUCUUGCUUUGGAAAAUCUCUAGAAAAGGGCUUGCUGGGCCUUCCAUCUCCGAAGCAGCUGCCUGGCACAAACAUUGUUGCUCCUCACGUCUUCAUCGGGGACGAAGCAUUUCAACUUCGUCCAGAUUUUCUGCGGCCAUAUUCUGGGAGGGGCCAGGAUGAAAGCAAGCGCAUCUUUAAUUACCGUCUAAGCAGAGCCAGGAGGUGCGUUGAAAAUGCUUUUGGAGUGAUGGCCUCCCGAUUCAGGAUCUUUCGACGUGCCAUCAAUCUGCAACCACAAAAUGCAGACUACGUUGUCAUGGCGUGUUGUGUCCUGCACAACUUCUUGCGUGAUGACGUGAUCUACAUGACGGCGAACUAUGUCGACAGUGAAGAUGCAUAUGGCAACAUCACCAGUGGCCAGUGGCGCACCACCCAGGACAGUGGCACCUCAGCAAUGUUCAGUCUGCAACCUUCCACUGGGCACAAUUAUACAAGGACGGCAGCGGAAACAAGAGACCUUUUCUGCUCAUACUUUGUGAGUAGGGAGGGUUCCGUGCCUUGGCAACGGGCGUCUCCUGGUCUGCGGCCGUGA